UAUUUAAACUAUUAAACUGACAAUAUAAAAUUAAUAUUAAAUAUAAAAUAUUAAUUAAAACAAAWCCAUAAUGUCAUCAAGUAGUAGACCGGAAGAUCAUCGGCGAAAAUGGGACCGAGACGAGUACGAAAAGUUAGCCAGAAAGAGACUGAUGGACGAUCUCGACGACGAUCGUUCCAAGGACCUAUCACCAAUAAAAAGAGAAAUGCUCAAACAACGAGAUUACCGCGUAGACUUAGACUCAAAACUUGGAAAAAGUGUUGUAAUUACUAAAGCCACUCCUUCUUCACAAAGUGGAGGAUAUUACUGUAAUGUUUGYGAUUGUGUGGUUAAAGAUUCCAUUAAUUUUCUGGAUCAUAUAAAUGGAAAAAAACAUCAAAGAAAUUUAGGAAUGUCCAUGAAAAUUGAAAGAUCAUCAUUGGAUCAAGUUAAAAAAAGAUUUGAAACAAAUAAAAAAAAAAUGCAAGUCCAUGCUCAAAUGUUAACUAGUAAAUAA